AAUCAGCGUGCACAAUACAAGCAUGUGACUGAUGACAAUACUGAAACAUGGAGGCUUUGUAUAUCGAGUAGCGAGAAAUGUGGCCGGUUGGUUUCCAUGCUAAGAUCAACUUGGGUGUCCUAUGAAGGGGUUUAGUAAGUGAAUUACCGCUAACGUUACUUCUAGUCAUUUUUUUUUUAAGUCAGAGUAUAGUUUGCGUAAGGUGUAGCAGCAAGUUUACGUCGGUUUUAUCUUGAAGUUUCGUGCAGUUUGCCUUAUUAGACGAGUUACAGUUAAUUAAAUGCGCUACAUAAACAGGGAUGUCAUGCUUUAAACCUCGAGAAAAUUUCCGGAAGACAAGCAGCGUGAAAUUUUACAUUAACUUUUUUUUCCUCCUUGACCGAAAUUAUUCACACAGUUAUUGUGUGAUUUUAUAAUUUAAAUCGACUCGAUUGGGCGAAAAGAUCGAUGCAUUUCAGGCAGGGUAACUGAGGACACUAACUUAAUUUGAGUUGCAGCUGAAUAGGGAUCAGAUUCGCUCGAGUCAUUUGGGUUUUCCAGUCAAAAUGCUGCUGUCUCUGGUCGUGCACACGUACUCGUUGCGGUACUGGCUUCCAGCGGCGGUGAUGAUAGGCACUGCUCCUGCUUAUCUGCUGUCCUGGAGCGCCUGGCGGCUACUGUCCACUGUACUACCGUCCAAUCUCUAUCACACUGUGGAUGACUGUGUAUAUUCAGCGUAUCAGAGUAUGGUCUUGUUCUUCUUCGAGAAUUACACAGGAGUGGAGACUGUCAUUUAUGGGGACAUACCAGAGAAGAAGGAGAAUGUGGUUUACCUGUCAAACCAUCAAUCCACAGCUGAUUGGAUCAUUGCCGACAUGUUAGCGAUUCGACAAAAUGCACUUGGACACGUUAGAUAUGUCCUGAAAGAUGGUCUGAAGUGGCUUCCUUUGUAUGGAUGGUAUUUCUCACAGCAUGGAGGUGUGUAUGUGAAGAGAAGUGCCAACUUUGAUGAGAAAGCCAUGAAAAAGAAAUUAUCUUCUCAGACAAAACUGGGUACACCUAUGUAUCUUGUCAUCUUUCCAGAGGGAACCCGCUACAACCCUGAGCUCCAGAAAGUGAUCAAUGACAGCCAGGCUUUUGCUGCUAAAGAAGGACUUGCUGUGCUGAAGCACGUUUUAACUCCAAGAAUGAAAGCAUCACACGUUGCCAUUGAGACUAUGAAGGAACACCUGGAUGCUGUAUAUGACAUAACCAUUGCAUAUGAGGGAAAACUUACAGCAGCUGGCCAGAGACAUCCAGCUCCUACAAUGCCAGAGUUUUUGUGCAAGGAAUGCCCCAGGGUGCACAUCCACUUCAACCGCUUGGACGUGAGGGAAAUUCCGGUGGAGCCAGUGUUCUUCAGAAGAUGGCUACAUGAAAGAUUUGAAAUCAAGGACAAGAAGCUUGUGUUGGGGAGGAUUCAGUGUCUGUUGAGACACAUGUCAAUGUGUUAUAAAGUGAGUAUCAGAAACACAUCCAGACACAUGGACUGUCAAAGACGACACAACAGGAACAUGCCCCUGGAGACACUGAGAAAGCACAGAAGGAAUGCCUGAGGAGGAUGUGCUCAAAAAAUACACAUACUUAAGGACACCUGCUGGAGUGAGUGUAGUAAAGAAAAAAAACUCAACUGUAAAAUAUCUUGUUUUAAAUCUUUUCAGGUAAUAUUCUUCUGUACCUUUUUAGCCCAUCUGUUAAAAAAUUAAAGCAAUAGUUUUAGAAAACAAUGUAAGAUUUAUCAGUGUAUACAAGAACGUGAAAUGCAUGGUAUAUUGUGAACCUUAAGGGGCGGUCACACUAGACUUUGAACAUGCGAAAUUAUUCCGGACCACGCUGUGAAUAUGGGCGGGAGCAAGAUAUAACGGUUUCCCCUCAGUUAUCACAACAUGGAUUAAUAUGUGCUUGUACUGUGUCUUUUGCGACGGCGUCGAAAGAGUCUUAUUAUAUUGUACUCCAUGUAUCUCUCUCCCUAAGCAAUAAAAAAUUAUAAAACAUGUCCUCAUUCAAAUGUACCAUCUGUUUCCACUGACACUGCGAACCAUGCAGCUUCUUUUUUAUUUUAUUUUUUAUAGUAUUUAAAUAUGUAUUAUAUAAAAUUACAUAUUUAGCUGCGGCUAAAGUUAUAUAGCGCUUCCUUCAUUUUUGAAUUUCUGAACAGAGAGGUCACACAGUGACGUAUCGGUCUUCUACUGGUCCCACAUCUUCACGUGAUGCGAAUUCGCAGGUCAGAGUUCAGCAAACUUGAACUUUCGAACGCAGCGAAAUGCGAAAUUUUUCGCAUGAGCUUGCGUUUCCGGUCUGACGCAUUUGCAUGCGAAUGAAUGGAAGUCAAUGGAACGAAAAGUGCAGUGUGACCGCCCCAUUAUACAUUAGCUUCUGAUUGUUUCUGCAGUUCUGCAGUGUAUGUACACCGUCUGAGCCAAAGAGCAUGCAACAGAAUCUGAUGAAUCUGAAAAGUGUUUUAUUUUUUCUCUUUAUUUUUAUUGUUAUUAUUGUUAUUCUUUUUAUUUAUUUAUUUUAUGAAAGGGGACCCAGUUAUACCUUUCCUACCAAACACCUGAUGGAUACUGACUGUAAAAUGUCAAUCAUAGUUCGAGAGCUCAGUGUGGUGACAGAAGAUGGAACACACCCGAGAAAGACACCUGAGUUUCCUUCAAAGGCACAUUGUCAACAUUAGGAGAUGGAGACAAGCACUGUCAGUAACUUUACUCUGAAUGAUUUGCCUCUUGUAUUAGAUCCUCAUGCCUUGACUGUACCAUUGCCCAAAGUGCACUCGAAGGACAUUCACUCUUUUGAAGUUAAUCCAACAUGUUGGAGUGGUACAUGCACAUUAACCAAAUAUCUUGCUCUAUUCUUUUUCUAAUUUAUCUGUUUUCUUUUUAUUUAUAAUAUUAUUUAAAAAGCCCUUGCUACGUGUACGGUGUUAACCUAACUGAGACUUUUAUAGCUCUUAUAUAUCAUUGCUCUUUUUGUUGUUUUUGAUUGCUUCAACUCUUUCCUCAUUUGUAGGUCGAUUUGAAUAAAAGCGUCUGCUAAAUGAAUAAAUGUAGAUGUAAAUAUUAGAAUAACCUGUAGUAUAGAUGAGUGCCAGUCAACUUUUUGGUGAUUCCAUUCUUUUAGAAACCAUGCACAGGAAUUAUGUACUUUUGGUACUCAGUGAAGAGUCAGUAGUACAGUUGUAUUAUAAUAUAAUGGAGAAGGGUCUGGCUGCAGACUUGCACUCUCAGACACUCGCGCUUCUUUUUUUAUUGGAUAUUUUAUUCUACUUAUUGGUUACUUGUUUGAAUCUCUCAACAUUUGUUUUUCUCUUGUGUAGGUAUGGUUGACUGGAAGUCUGUCAGUCCAGAUGUGAGGAAGACAUACAGAGUGGAACUGGAGCUCAGCAGAUCUGUGAUGGCUGUAAAUUCUGUGGUCUUGGAAAGAAGGGCACCUUCACAGCUUUCUAUUCAGACAAACAGUUUGCUGGAUUCUGUUCUAUGGACUGCUACUACAGAAUGAAUUAAUGAAUGAGUGGUUUAUCUAUCUAUAUAUAUCUUUUUACUUGAAUUGGUGACUGAAACUGAAAGCUAAAUAAAUGUUUUAGUGGAUAAA